CUUUCCAGCUUAGCCGCAGCGACCGUAGCGUCGUAUGCACAAACGCACCUUCGCGCGACACGAGCUGGCGGAGUGACGUGCAACCGUACCUGCCAAAUCCGCCAUCUGCGUGACUCGCUAGAGGUCACGAUGCGCAGGAACAAACCUUCACUGGGCACUAGCUGUGCGGGGAGAGCUUGCCAAGUGCAUCGGUCCUGCCAUCCAUGUCAUCGAGCAUCUGUGGCUCGGGGGGCUUCCCAGAAAAGUUCUACCGCACCGGCGUGUUGCCCACACUGUAACCCAAAUAACACUUCACCGCCCAAGUACCCUUCACCCUGGGGCACGGGUCUCGGCAACUGGUCCGAAGCGUACGCUCAAGCACGAGCUUUCGUGGCUCAGCUUACACUUACGGAGAAGGUCAAUCUCACCACCGGUGUCGGUUGGGAGGGCGAGAAGUGCGUUGGCAACAACGGUGCUAUUCCCCGCCUAGCCUUCAAGGCUAUGUGUAUGGAAGAUUCUCCAUUGGGUGUCCGUAACACCGACUUCAACUCUGCUUUCCCCGCCGGUGUAACGAUCGCUGCUACAUGGGACCGAGCUCUCUUCUACCAGCGUGGCUUUGGCAUGGGCAGUGAGCACAGAGACAAGGGCGUGGACGUUCAACUCGGACCAGUGGUCGGCCCUAUCGGCCGCUCUCCGGAAGGCGGCCGUAACUGGGAGGGUUUCUCGCCGGAUCCGGUGCUGUCUGGUAUUGGCGUGUUUGAGACUGUUCAAGGCAUCCAGGCCGCAGGUGUCAUGGCUUGCACGAAGCACUACAUUGGAAACGAACAGGAGCAUUUCCGUCAAGGCUCACCACCAGCCAGCCUCGGGGGGAACGCUAUUAGCUCCAAUAUCGACGACAUCACCAUGCACGAGCUGUACUUGUGGCCGUUCGCCGACGCUAUCCGCGCCGGCACGGCCAGCAUUAUGUGCUCGUACAACAUGAUCAACAACAGCUUUGCGUGCCAGAACUCGUACAUUCAGAACUACCUCUUGAAGGAUGAGCUUGGGUUCCAAGGCUUCAUCAUGAGCGAUUGGUCGGCGCAGCACUCGGGUGUCAGCAGUGCUCUCGCAGGUCUUGAUCAGACCAUGCCAGGUGACGAGGGUUUCGACAGUGGUAACUCCUAUUGGGGAGCGAACCUCACCAUAGCUGUACUGAACGGCACAGUCCCACAAUGGCGUCUUGACGACAUGUGUGUCCGUAUCAUGGCGGCUUGGUACUACGUUGACCGCGAGAACAAUCAAGUCCCUGACGCACCCAACUUCUCUGCAUGGACGACGGACACCUUCGGCUACCAACAUUUCUAUGCGCGUGAGGCUUACACGCAGAUCAACUGGCAUGUAGACGUCCGCGACAACCACGCUCAAGAAAUCCGAGCCCAGGCGGCUGCGGGCACUGUUGUACUCAUGAACAAAGGCUCUCUCCCACUCACUGGGAAGGAAAAGUUGACCGCAGUCUUCGGCUCCGACGCUUCUGAGAAUCAAUAUGGACCCAAUGGCUGUCCUGACCGAGGCUGCGACAUGGGAACGCUUGCCAUGGGCUGGGGAUCUGGCACUGCCAACUUCCCGUAUCUCGUCACCCCACUCGAGGCGAUCAAGGCACAAGUGCUCAGCAACGGCGGCGCCAUCGAGGAUGUGAUUGAUGACUAUGCCUACGGGCAGAUGACGGGCUUGGCUCGUCGGGUGACGCAAGUCGGAGGCGCAUGCAUUGCUUUUGGCAAUGCAGACGCUGGCGAAGGUUACAUCACCGUUGACAACAACGAGGGCGACCGCAACAACUUGACGGCGUGGCACAACUUUGACAGUCUUGUCGCCAACGUGACCAGCCAGUGCAACAACACUAUCAUCGUACUGCACACAGUUGGCCCUGUCCUGGUUGAUGCCUGGUACCAGAACCCGAACGUCACGGCUAUUGUCUGGGCUGGCAUUCCCGGUCAGGAGUCUGGGAACUCCAUCACCGACAUUCUAUACGGCAAGGUCAACCCAAGCGGCAAGACUCCGUUUACCUGGGGUAACUCUCGUGGUUCGUACGGCACCGACCUGCUGUACCAGCCCAACAACGGCAACCUCGCACCACAAGACAAUUUCGAGGAAGGUGUAUUCAUCGACUACCGCUUCUUCGACAAGACCGGCGAGACUCCGAUCUUCGAGUUUGGCCUCGGUCUGUCGUACACCACGUUCUCGUACUCUAACCUGCGCGUAACAGCAGUCGCUGCCCCAGCGUACACGGCUCCUGGUGGCAACACUGGUGCAGCGCCCACUUUCGGCACUGUAAGCAGCAACGCGGCGGACUACGUCUUCCCGGCGGGCUUCCACCAAGUACCGUAUUACAUUUACCCAUUCCUCAACAGCACAUCGCUUCGCGGUUCCAGCAUGGAUCCCCAGUACGCUAUCAACUACACCUUCCCUGCCGGUGGGUAUAACAGCAGUGCGCAGCCUUACCUUCCCGCCGGCGGUGCACCCGGAGGCAACCCACUCCUCUACAGUACGCUCUUCACCAUCAGUGCCACCAUCACGAAUACCGGCAGGGUCGCGGGUGCCGAGGUGCCGCAGCUGUACCUCAGCUUGGGCGGACCAAAUGACCCGAAGGUUGUACUAAGGAACUUCGACAAGCUCACAAUUCAGCCGGGUGCGAGCGCUACCUUCACUGCGAACAUAACCAGGAAGGAUCUGAGCAACUGGAGCCCUGCUCUGCAAGACUGGUACAUCAGCUGUUCCCCAAAGACUGCCUACGUUGGCAGCUCCAGCCGCAAGCUUCCACUCAGCGCUUCGCUUGACGUUAGCAGCUUCUGCUCGGGUAGCGGCACAGGGCCACUUGGGCCAAGCGGUAGCAGCAGCAGCUCUGGCAUCCCCAGCACAACGUCGUCCCGUAGCUCCACCAUGUCUACCUCCUAUGCGAACUCUACGACCAGCCGGUCAUCGACAAGCCCAAGCAGCUCUGCCAGUGGUGUCACCAGUAAUAGCCCUCCGGUUUCUUCGACGACUCCUACUACCAGCGGCUCGCCGUCAGUCUCUUCGACCACCCCGGCUUCCAGCACCCGUCCUGCGUCUUCGACCACUCCAAGCGGAAGUGCUUCGCCGUCAGGCUCUUCCACCACGUCUGCCUCUGGCAGCACUGCCGCACCAGUGUCUGGAUCACCAAGCAGCUCUCCAUCCACCAGCCGCCCCACCACGACUGCCAGCGUCAGCCCUAGCAGUUCGUCCCCUGCAAGCGCCUCGCCCUCAAGCAGCCCGGCAUCUCCGUCAGUCAGUGUCAGCCCUACCACCGGCCCCACUUCACCAAGUGCUUCGCCCUCCAGCACCGUCCCAGCGUCACCAAGCACCAUGUCAACGACUGUGAGCGCCAGUGCGACCGUACCGUCUGGUUGGACCGUCACAGUGAUCGACCAGGUCACAACCACGGUACCAUGUGAGACCAACACCUGGGCCUACUCCUCGCACGGCUGGGCAUAGCGCGCUCAGUCGACCGCGUCCGCCUUCUGCCUUGCUGCUACCGAACCUGGCCUCAACUCCUC